UUGAAGGCGGGGAGAUAAAGAAUGUAGCGAAGAAAGAAGAGGAUGUGACGAAGAUUUCUGCGCCAGAAGUUACGUCCUGGAGAGCGCCGUGCUGUGUGUGAACAGGGUCAAUCAGAAUGAGUGGUUCUCUGCGUUGUAGGGUGGCGGGGAGUCGCCGGAUGCUGAGCCUCGUGCCUUGGGCCUCGAGGGGCUUGAUUCCUCCGGUCGGAGCCAGGGCCAAGAACGGGGUCGCAGAAGAGGAGGACGAGCUAGAUCGACCCAUCCACUUCUCCUCCAGCAAGGCGAAUCCGCGCCGUUGGACCGUGGAGCACUCCCUGGGCAGCGAUCGUCGUCGGCCCUGGUGGAAGGUCGUACCUUUGAGCCUCUCCUUUGUAUUGCUGAUCUCUUGGUGCUUCUUAAGGAAGGAGACCGGUAUCGAUCGAUGGCUGACUAAAGGCUUAGAAGAGGAGUCUCCAGAAGCAGAUAUCGAUUCCGAGCAGCCUGGAAGCCAGGCUGGCCUGGCAGCUAGGACUUGAUUAAGGUCGUUCCGGACUCCUGGGAGAAAGAUCUACCUCUGCCACCGAAUUCCUGUGUUACUUUUGUCAAACCACUUCCUCAUUUUGGGCCUCGAUUUUCUCCUUUGUCAAAUGAAAGGGUUGUAGAAAAUGGAUCAUCAAAUUCCUGUCAACUCUGACUUCCAGUCACUCUAGGAUUUGUAACAAUUAUGUUUUUCUUUUCGGGUUAUCAGCUGUAUUGCUCUUAGUCCUAAUCCCGGAAUUUCAGCCUAGCGGGACAUGCUGGAUGUGGCCAGAAACAUAGCUGUCUUAAAGGGCAGAUUCAGUGGCAGCAGUAGACCAUCAACAGAAGAAAGAAACUGCCCUUUGGUUCACCCAAGUUUUCUAAUGAAACUUUUAAAGGGCUUAUCAGCCCUUUAGAAAUGUUGGUAUUAAUCACUUUAGUAAUUAACAACCGGUGCUUUUGAAUUCGUUGGGGUACAAAGCACAGUGCAGAAUUGCCAACUGGACGUUCAUUUGCAUGAAA